AUGAUUAGCAAACAGGGAAGUGGAAACAACGGAGCAGAUGCGCCUCGUGAUGUGGUGGAGCUUGAUUCCAGUGACUACGAGAUGUUGGACAAGUCGGGCUUGCCGAUCGACGGCCUGGAUGCUGAAAACAUGUCUGAGGUUCUGGAAGACGUGACUUCCCCAGAAAGGCCACCUGCUGAUACUAAAACCCGCCCUUUGGCGUCGGAUUUUGACACGUUAUCGAAAACGCUAAUGAAGCCCGUGCCCGAUUACCCUGUGAAAGACGAGGCCUACGUGGUCUGGGAGAUCAAGGACUGGAGCUCUUUGAAGAGAGAGGAGAAGGCGAGAAGUCCGGUUGUGGAGUGUGGCGGCUACAACUGGACCGUGCUUAUGUUCCCGUCCAAGGCCAACAAUGACCUGAUUUCCUUGUAUAUGGAGCCCCAUCCACCCAAGGAUGCCGAUGGCAACGUGGACCCCAAUUGGUACGUGUGUGCUCAGUUUGCAUUUGACUUGUGGAAUCCGCUGCAUCCAGAGGUGCACCUUGCCAACGUGCUGAGCCACCGUUUCAACAAAGGCGAGACCGACUGGGGGUUCCUGACGUUCAUUUCCGCUCGUGAUUUGUCCAACACAGCCAGAUAUGGCCAUCCUUUGAUGGAGAAGAACCAGUUCAACAUCACAGGUUAUGUGCGUGUGAUUGAUGACUCCUCCACGGGUGUCUUGUGGCACAAUUGGCUCGAUUACGACUCCAAAGCACAGACAGGCUACGUCGGCUUGAAUAACCAAGGUGCCACCUGUUACCUUAACUCCCUCCUCCAAUCCUACUACACUACAAGAAUAUUUAGAGAUUUGGUCAACCAGAUUCCUACAGACCCACAGAGCGAGACAAAGAGCAAAGCUGUGCCAUUGGCAUUGCAGCGUAUUUUCUAUCUGUUGCAGCUGUCAAAUGAGCCAGUAGGCACUAUGGAGCUUACCAAAUCCUUUGGCUGGGACUCCUCUGAUGCAUUCACCCAACACGACAUCCAAGAGCUCAACCGUGUUUUGAUGGAUAAGCUUGAAAUGGCAAUGAAGGGAACAAAAAUCGAGAAUAAGCUCAACGAUCUUUUCGUUGGUAAGAUGAAAUCCUACAUCAAGUGUGUGGACGUGCCUUACGAGUCUUCCAGAGAGGAGGACUUCUGGGACAUCCAGCUUAACGUGCGUGGUUUCAAAAACCUCACAGAAUCGUUCAAGAACUACAUCGAGAUCGAGAUGCUUGACGGCGAAAACAAAUAUCAGGCUGGCGAUGAACACGGCUACCAGGACGCCAAAAAGGGUGUUGUGUUCCGCUCUUUCCCCCCUAUUCUUCAUCUCCAAUUGAAGCGGUUCGAGUACGAUUUUAUGGUUGAUGACCUUGUGAAGAUUGAUGACUAUUACGAAUUCCCCGACAAAGUUGACCUAAGACCUUUCCUUGACGAUGACGUACCUGAAGAAGUGAAGAACGAGAAUUGGAACUAUAAGCUCCAUGGUGUUCUUGUACAUCAGGGUAGCAUCUCGAAUGGUCAUUAUUACGGUUUAAUCAAGCCUGAAGCACAUGAUGACAAGUGGUUGCGCUUUGAUGACGACAAGGUGUGGAAGGCCACGCCAAACCAGGUGUUCUAUGAGAACUAUGGUGCCUCCGAGAUCUCUACUCAGCAACUCAGACUCCUUACACGCAAUGAGCAGAAUGAAUACUUGAUUCGGAGAGCCACAUCUGCUUAUAUGUUGGUGUACUUGCGUGAGUCUGAAUUGGAUAACGUCUUGCUUCCACAACAGUCGUUGGCACCUACACCAAAGCAUGUUGCCGAGCAGAUAGAGAGAGAGCAAGAGGAGUUUGCAAGAGCUGAAACUGCCAGGAAAGAGGCCCUCUUUUACAUGUAUGUGAAGGUCAUCACUGUCAAGAACUUUGCACACUACAAUGGCUUCGACACCUACCCCGAUCCAACUGAGCCUCGCCUUUAUGACGAAAAGAUUUUCAACAAGGACGCCUACCCUGUCACCAUCAAAGUGAAGAAGGACGCUCCUCUUUCCAAUCUCUAUGAGCAGGUUGCCGAGCACUUGGGUUAUUCUGUACCUUCGGAGACUGGAAACACCACUGAAAGCGCCAUUUCUGUCGACAGUGAACUUUCCUCAAGCUGGCCAUUCAAACUUCUUUGCGUUAGUCACCGCAACAACCGGACAAACAGACCGGAUGCUCCAAUCCCGGAGCUGCUCCUCAGUGCUACAGUGAGCCAAGUUUACACUCAAUGCUUUAAGCGCCGUUAUGAAGAGAUGGUAUUUUUCGUGGAUGAACCAUCAAAGCAACUCCAGAGCAUAGAGAAGUCAACUCAAUUGAUCAGCCCCGAGAAGUUCGAUUUUGAGGCAGCCACACAGAGAAUCCUCUCCAACACAACAACUCACUCCUUACCAGCCGAGUCCUCAAACUCCAUCAGAAUAUUCAUCAAGUACUUUGACCCUGUUAGUGAUGAAGUUCGUGGACUUACUUAUGUGACAGUUCCAUUAGAUUCGCAGGUUGCGCUGUUGACUCCAGUGAUCAAUAAUGUGCUUCAAUUCGACCCAAACACACCUUUGACGUACUUUGAGGAAGUCACUCACACAAGUGUGGAGCCCAUCGAUGAUACGACAACAUUUGAAAAGAAUGAGUUGGGCACAGGAGAUAUCUUGACAGUGCAGCUCGCUGACAUAGAGAGCGCUACAUUUGACAGACUUUUCGUGAAUGCAAAGGAAUACUAUGAGUUCUUGCUCACAAGGCUUCAUAUUCACGUGAAACCAUUCAAGGCAAAUGAGGAGGAAGAAGACAGUGACUUUGUCGCUGAUGACGACAAGAAUGGUGAUGAGAAGAAUGGCGAGAAGGCGUCACAAGCGGAAACGGCUGACAUUGAGCUUGCGAAGGAGAUGAGCAAGUCUACUGACAUGUGGAUUCUGACCCAAUUCUCUUACACUCAGCUUGCCGAUGCCGUUGCAAAGAAGCUUGGUGAGACUGUUGAUCCUGCAAAGUUACGUUUAUUUGUGGUGAACAAUCAUGGAACAAGAUUCCCAUUGCUGUCGACACAAUCUCUCUCGCAGGUCUUCACGAGACAGGUGUCCGUAUCCUCCAUCACGAAUUUCGAGUAUGAAAUUCUCAAUAUAACGUUGAAGGAGUACGAGAAUCUCAGGUCGAUCAAGAUCUACUGGAUGAAUACAAUUCAGCAGUUCCAUUUAUUUGACUUGUUGGUUCCUAAGACUAGUACGGUUGCCGAUUUGGUGAAGAAGUUGAUCCACAAGCUUGAUAUUUCGCCAAAGCUUUGGAGUAACUUGCUCGUAUGGGCCGGCCAGGACAGCAAGUACAGUGACCUUGUGAAGUUCGACCGUCAAAUCAGCGAUCUUCCCAACGCUUCAGAAAUCUACUGCGGUUACUUCCCUGCAGAGGUGGAGAUUCUUGUCAGCAAUGACUUGUUCAAGCGUUUUGAUGAGAAGCAUGUUUCGAAGGAUGACAUUGAAGACGAGCUUCUCCGGGUUGAGUUCGAGCAGGCACAGAAGUUAUCACAGAGGCUGAACCUUAUCCCAGUUUUCCACUUCCACAAGAAUCCUUCGUACAGCCACAGCAAGCCAUUCAUUUUUGUCGUUUUCCCAGGGGAGCCGUUCGAAGAGACAAAGAUGCGGUUGCGUAAGAAACUCGGCCUCGGUGGACUGGCUUUCGAGAAGGUCCGCAUUGCGCUCACGGAUGCCAAUGACAAGGGCCGGUACCUUGAUAGCGACAACCCCAACCUUGAGCUUUUCGAGGAGCUCAAGAAGUUCGAUGCCGACACUUUCCUUGCGCUUGAUCAUCCCGACAGGAAUCCUCGCCGCCAGAAUCCGUUCGAGAAGGGUAUCUCGAUCAGAUGA